UAGCAGAUCGAAUCUCAGCUCCCGGCGCCGAGAAGCUGCACCUGUUCCACCGCGGAUCGGGGGUUUGGCGCUUUCCCUAAUUUCCUCGUCUCGAAGCACGGGCCUUGCCGCUAGCGCCUCGUCUACCACGGCUUGCAAACACGAACUUCGAUUGACGUCCUGUGGCCAACGUCAGUCUAGGACACCGCGAUUCGCUCGACCAAUUAUACUGUACCGUUUGAGAUCGACAUAAGACACUAUACCCGGCCACUUUCUCUUCUCUUUGCGACAGCUUCCCUUACGACGUUACUGCACGCGAUUCAGACCUGCUAUCACGACGGAGAUUCGUCAUCUGCUCUGACAUACGACCUUUACCCGUGCCCAUGCCGCAGUUGCAAGUUCCUUUUACAGUAAGAAAUCAUCGACAUGUCUGCUUCACGGUACCCGGAGAACGGCAGAUAUGCCCGCGACAGGUCUCCGCCCUAUCGGGACCGAGACCGAAGGCCAUCCAACUUUGGCGGCGGAUACCCCCCAAGGGGUAACGAGACCUUCAGGCCAAAUGCAGAGCCAGGUGGCUUUCAAAGAGAGAUCCCCAAAGGUCCAAAAUCACUUGCUGACCCGCCACGUGGCCCGCCGGUGGGUCCGCCAUCAAGCGCGUCUGCAGCGCCACGCGAUGAAAGAGGUCGCGGAUUCGCUGGACGUGGUGAAGCCACGCCCCUGCGAACUGCACCUCCAUUGAGUAGCGGUCCUGGAUUUCCGCACAACUCUCAAAACUCCUGGAGGGCAGACCGCGACCGAGAUCGCGACUUUGAUCGGCGUGAGAGACGGCCGACUCCACCAAGGCGGUCACCUAUCCGGGACUCAAGAGAUUCUCGCGACCAGAGGGAUUUUGGACCGCGAGAUCUAGAUGUCAACCGUGCCCGACGAAAUUCACGAGACGGCCCCCCCUCUGCGGGCUCAACCUACUCUGAUCCCCCACCUCCUGGUACAGCGUCAUCUUACCGUGGUAGUGGGAUUGGACGUGGACGCGGUGGUUUCGCUGGACGCGGCCGAAACUUUCACAACGACGACCGCGAUAGACAUCACGACUCACGUGAUCGCAUUCCAGAACGAACAUAUCGACCGCGUAGUCGGACGCCCCCAAGGCGCCUAGAGAGAGACGUUCGCGAAGAUCGUGAUUUCGACAGGAGAGACCGCGAUGACAGAAGAUUUCCCAGAGAAUACGACUCCUACAUUGGCCCAGCAGGUGCUGCGAAGCCUGGACUGCGGGCAUUAGACACACAUCGAGGUCCAGGUCCCUCUGAUCUGCGACAUCUGCCCGGUACACCCACAGGUCCAACACCGCACUCUGCUCAUCACGCAUCUCCGUCUGAUAGACUAGGACCACAAGGUGAUUCUUACUCGAGACGAUCUUCCCUCGCCAUUGAUCCUCUCUCUGCCAAGGAUCCUCGCCGCGAGCCAGGCAAAGACGAGGCCCUCCUAGCCAGCCGCGCAGAAGCGUCCAGAGAAAGGUAUGCUCCGCGUGCUUCGUCGCCUCCUGCUUCCAUCCCAGCCUUUGGCGGAUCCAAUGUUUGGAGGGCGCCUAUUUCGGACAGUAAAUCAAGUGCUGCCCCAGUAGCGCCAUCGAAACCUACUCAGCCUGCCCCUGCUCCUACUAAUUCCUCUACUGCUCCACUCACUCCCGCUACUCCCGUCACCCCAGUGAAGGCCACCGUAGUCCCUACUGCACCAAAAGCGGCUAUACCCCCAGGCCUUUCAACUUUACCGCCUACUGGACCAAAAGCCGAUCGGGCGCCGGAUCGUCCCUUGCUUACAGACGCUCCGAAACAAGAGAACAGAAUGGCGCAUCCAGCUCCAGCACGUAUGGAACCACCUUCCAUUCCACCUCACACUGUUCCAUCUCAGCCCACUGAUGCAUCAGCUUCAGACAAUGUGGCUGCCAAGAUUCCAAUGUCGCCACAAAUGCCUGCACCACCUAAAGCUCCAUCCGUUAUGCCAACGGCUCCUCCAACGGCUCCUAAUGCACCAUCAGGUCCGGCGAAAUCCCCUCCUCAGGGUCCUGCUCCACGACCGCGUGCGCCACCCACAGCCCCUCAAGCAGCUCUACGUGUCAACGUAUCACCUUCGUUCUCUAGAGCAACUUUACCACAAUACGCGCCUCGAGAUGCAUCUCCUGGUGCAAAUCCCUCAGGUUUUGGUCCACGUGGCAGUAGUGGGGGAGGUUCUGCGAUGAACACAUCACCGCAAAGUUUACCAGCGAAUAUUCCUACAGGACCAAAGGCUGACCGAACACCGAUGGCUCCUAGGCCGCUUCCAUCUUACCCACAAUCUGACCGACCUGGCUUCCCCCCAGCUAGAGGUCCAUUGAAUGGAGGACCCAAGAGUAUGCAAUGGGUACGACCUGGUUUCAAUUCCAAUCGACCUUCGGUCCCCACUAAGCGCGAGUUUCCGGUGGAAGAUCGGGAACGACCAUUCGGCACUGCUCCCAAAGCCCCCCGACUUGAGAACAGUAUCUCGGCAACGCAGACUCAACGAAACUCACAAGCCAAAUCAGUGUCACCGUCGUUCUCGCGCAUCUCAACUGAACCCGAGCGGCCACGAGAACGUGCAGUGUCUGCGGAGCGUCCUGCGGCACCCUCACCCAAACCUACUCCGAUCGAGACCAGGCGAUACUCUGACAUAGUUAUGGCAGAAGCGUCACCUCGCAUGGCCAAACCACCUAUGUCGGCUGCGUCAUCCGCUCCGGAGGCUUUGCAAGACUCUGAUGAUGAUCUUGAUCUUGACGAGGAAGACUUCGCUGAAUCUGAGGCGAAAUACAACCGAGAACGAGCGCGCCUGGAAGCCAAACGGGUUGAUUUGAGUGCUCCACACCUCCGAGCUACGACACCCUUGCAAGAGAUCGUUUUGCUUUCAUGCUUGAACGUCGACCAUCUCCCACAAGCGCAGCCCGAUGUGGAGCUUACCGAGGAAAUAAGCACACCAUUACUUCAGGAACAGGAUCAGGAAUUAGGACAGGAACAGGAGCAGGAAUAUUCACGUCCCUCACCUGCGCAAGAACUCCCUGUAAAGCCAGUUCCCGUCCAGCCACUUCCAGAGAGCGUUACGGCAGAUUUACCGACUCCCAAAGCUGAAGAGUCAGAGGACGUCGAGAUGGAAGACAAAGAGCAGACCGAAGAAAGGUCGGCUGCGCCCGCGACAAUGGCGCUUCGUCUGCGACGUGAAACUUCUGCCGAGCAGGAGACUCUACCCGACCUCAGCUCGUUGCCGUAUCUAGGAUCAGGUCCUCCAACGCCUUUAUCCGACAUUGGACAAGACCGGCCGAGUCUCUCUGACGAUGUCAUGAAUGCCAUUCGAAGCAAGUUGCGCAAAAGCAUCGAGCCUGAACUAAACACCGAUCAGAUACUCGAAAGAUACGCAGCUGCAUACAGAGAGUGGCGAGUUGCAAUCCGUCCUUUGGACGAAGAGCGCGAUCAAGAUGAUCCGGACAGGCAGCCAUCAGCUGAGCCCACACUGAAAGCCGUCACCCCCGAUGUGCAGAACGCUGCGAUGACUGGAAUCCUGGACGGAUCGCUGGCACCUACAGGCCGGAGAAGUCAUGCAAGUCGGUGGGCUACUGAGCUUGAUUUAGAAGCUGUUAUCAAAGAGUCUUUGAAGACUGCAGAGGAAGAGAAGUUAGGGAAGAACAAGGAACCAAGGAAAGCCAUGGCUGAUCCGGAAAAGGAGGCUGAUCUACCUUUGGAACUUACCGAGGCCGAGGCUCAGCGGAGAAGGUUUAUUGACACCAAUUUCCAGCGCGAACCCGGCCAAGGCAUCUUCGUGUUCCAUUACGAGCCACCAGAGGACGACUUCACUCCUGACGAACACCGCGUCAUGGUGCAGAACUACAAGGAUCAGUACGCUAAGAAAUGGGGUAAGCUGGCUGAAGUCUUAUACAAAGAAGUCGGGACCGAACGUACAUACAAAGACUGUAUCAAUCACUACUAUGCUACCAAAUGGGGCAGAGAAUACAAAGGCAAACUUCGGAAACCGCGGGCUUCCAGGAAACGUGGUGGAGCGGUCGGUCGUGGCCGUGGAGCUAUUGCCAACAUGGACCGACCCGAAGGACCGGGAGAGGAUGGUUUGCCCUUGCCUGUUACUGAUACUGGACGACCUAGGCGCUCAGCAGCACCCAAGUUUGGCGCAAUGGAGACGGAGUUCGACCCGAUCACAGGAAUUCCCAUUCCAGGCCGUGCACGCAGGCCGACUGAUGCCGACGACACACAAGAGAAGGCCAUGCGGCGCGGAAAGGCUGCGAAAGACAAGCUCGGCCGGAAGGCAAAGAAUAUGCCACUUGCCGCGGCUCCCGUGGGUUCACCUGUCAAGGUUGAUCGUAAGGACAAGAACCUGGGAGUCAAGAUGGAGGAUGAUCUCAGCAAACGGCCGAUGGGCGAUAUGCCCAUACCUAUGCCCCUCAUUCCUAUGGAGGACCAGUUGAUGCUGCCUGGUGAUUUGCAGCAGCUAUCUGGCUUGCCAGGCAGCCUCAUGGACCGACCGAAGACACAGCCUGGCGCGAGACCCGGUCCGUCUAGCUAUUGGUCCGUCUCCGAGUUGCAAGACUUUGACAAGAAUGUUGCACACUUUGGCACUGACUGGAUAGCAAUCGCAAACCACAUGGGCACAAAAACGCAUACCAUGAUCAAGAACCAAUAUCUGCGUCUCGUUGAGAGUGGCAAGCUAGACUUGGAGCAGGUAGCAAAAGAGGCAGAUGCCCGAAGAGAACGAGGUGAUGAUCUAGGACCACCGCCAACGCCAACUCCAGCACCCAAGAGACGAUAUGAGAGUACGCAGGCGGGACCAAUCCGUCCCAUCGCACCCACGCCUGAACAUGGUUCUCCACCUCCGAACCCGCUUGCGCUUCCCAAAGCAUCUCCUCCGCAUUCGACUCCCUCUUCGAGGUUUUCCACCAUUGCUCAAGCACCUAUGCAAAGCAAGCCGAUGGUGCCUCCACCCGGAUAUCCUGCCCUACCAGAGACUAGCCUUGCGUCUGUACCCUCAAUACCACCACAGCAGUCGCCGCCCGCUCCACCUCAACGUGCGCAACCACAACAACAUCAUCACCAGCACUCCAUGUCGCAGCAUAAGCCGCAGCCACAAGGGCCACGAGCUGGAUACUUCUCAGAAGAGCCUUCAAGACCACUGCAGCAGCAGCAGCAGCAGCAUGCCCCACCCCAGCCUCGUGCACAGGAGCAACAUCAUUCGCCUCUCUAUCGUGGGCUUCACUAUCAAGAACGAGACAGUGUGGGUAGGUCCGAAGUUCAGCAGGAGCAGGAGCAUCAACGCCGGAUACAUGAACACAGGCGUCAGAUAUCACAGGAGAUGUCGCAACAUAGACCUUUUGCUCCUGGUGCGGCACCGCCAAUUAUGCCGCCAGUACGUUCAAACUCUGGGAUGAGGUCGCCAGAACGUCGUUCGUUGCCAUUCUCACAUUCCCGGCACCCAUCACAAGCGCAAUCACUCAAUCAAGCUGCAGCGGACGUAUACUCUCCGAGCCAUGGCACUAGUCAUGGUGCGCAACAACUGCCGCCCAGGUCAAGUAUUCUUACACCGCCUGUCAAGGAGGAGCCUAGAAAUCCUCCUCCGGUCAGCCUUCCUCCAGCGCAACCCCAAGCAAUGCUGCAUACACAGUUGCAACAUCCUCAGCGUGGUCCACCACCUAUGCAGAAUACGCCCCCACCUGUAGCAUCAAAGCCAGCUGCAGAGCCACGCAAGUCUAACCUGAUGUCGUUGCUCAAUGACACCGACCCUGAGGAGCCUAGGCGUAAGAAACCUAGCGAACAAGGCCCACCGUCGCAUACCUCUACCCCGUUGCAAUCAGCCCCAAUCGCACCUCCUCCGACAACGCAAAGCUACUCAUCUUCGUCAAGACGUUCGAUUUACGAGGAUCCCAUGGCUGCUCAACCUCCGUAUACUCGUCCAUCUUCAUAUGCUCAGCAAGCCUCGCUUCCCAAUGCAGCACCGAACAGGCCAAUCGACUUAACCGAUGAUAAACCACCAGUGAGUAGGCCGAGUCUACGUGACAGUUGGCAAACCCAACAGCCGUUCCACCGAGGGCUAUCCCAGACCCCACAGCUCACGCCACUUUCGUCAACGCCGUCGGGCCUGCCUCAGCCACCGAGUGUCAACGAGAGGAUCUUUAGCAACCACCGUGCCGUCUUCUCUCAGCAUAAUACUCCGCGCCAGAAUCCGACACCGCCGCCUCUUGCCGGUUUCAACAAUUCUCCGAACCCACAUUCGCGCACGUCAAGCAUAAGUGGACCGCCCGGGCCGUUGCCUCGACACGGCAUCCCAAGCACCACUGCGGCGCAGCAUGCCCAAGCAAUGAGUGCAUCAGCGCAGAUUUUGCAGCCAAAUCCAUAUGCCCAGGUCGAUCCACCAGGAAGUGGUGUACCGCCAUCCGGACCUAUGGGCAUGCGGCCCAGCCCACAUCUGUCGACAAGUCACAUGGCACAGCAAAGAGACGCACCUAGUCGCAAUGACCACUCCCAAGCUUCCAACGCCAAUCUGUCGUACUCAAACCCGCAGACGCCUAACGAGCAUCCAGCGCAUCCUUUCCAAGGGCUGAGCAGACUGACUGAGCCCUAUCGCCCUCGCGAUCCUCGUGACACACACGAUUUUGAUCCUCGUCACUCAGAUCGCGACACCAGUCGAGAACUAUCUCAAAGGACUGAAUAUCUACGUGAACAACUUUCCAAUCCUGCGUUGCGUGCGAACGGUCCUCCAAUGCAUGAAGAUAUACGAUUUCAGCCUCAAGAUCGAGGGUAUCUCUCUCAACGCUCCCAGACCCCACUGUCUAGGUCGGAGCAUGGUCAGCCUCCACCUUUGCAACAUCCUCCGCACUCGUCACUCGGCGUAGCAAAUCAGGCGCUCUAUGGUCAACGUCCUCCCGAAGAACCGCAUCGUUUCAUGCGCGAUCCUCGCGAUCGCAGCAUGACAGAUCGUAUCCGCGAAGAGCAAGCUCAAGCUCAACACCAGGCAGCGAUGAAUCGAGAUGAACACAUGCGAAGAGAAGCUGAGCGAGACGUGAGGGAACGGGAAAUGCGCGAAAGCCAUGCACGAGAUGCGCAUUACAGGGAAAGUAUCAUGCGAGGAAGAGCUGAGAUGAGGGGUCCGCCGCCACCACAAGCCCCCAGCUCAGGACCAGGGUCAAUACACGAUCCACGGCCCCCUGCAGGACCCAUGGACUGGGUGAGCGGAGUGCGACAUCCACAGGGACAUCCACAGGAUCGUGGUCCAUGGCAGCAACGAUAGGAAAUCUGCUAGAUACGGGAGUUUCUGAUAUUACAUGCUCUGCGCAUAUAAUUUCCUUUGUGUGUUGAUAGAUAUAUUAGCGUCUCGGUGUCAUGUUUCU